CAUAGAAGGGAAAUAAGAUCGAUUUGAGACACAGCCAUUCCAGCCUCAGACCAUCACCGGAAGUGACGCUCAACAAAGAUGGCGGCGCACACAUGCUACCUAAGAUGUCCAAAUGGUCGUGGUUUUAUCCGUGGAGUUUGUGGGAAGUUAGCAUCAUGUGCUGGUCAAAGUCAGAAAUAUCACAGAAGAACUGCAGUCAUGUCGUGUAACAUCCAAACCCGCUGUGUCUCACAUCCACCGUGGAGAAUAUUGUUCUUCGGAAGUGACGACUUCGCAGUGGAGUCUCUGAAACGGCUUCAUGCAGCUCGAGGACCUGGAGCUGACUCUCUGGUGGACUCGCUUGAGGUUGUCACUUUGGCCAGUAAUGUCCCUGUGCGGAAGUUCGCAGAGCAGCACGCGCUCCGGGUUCAGCAGUGGCCCCAGGUGGAGUCCAGAGGGCAGUUUGAUGUCGGAGUGGUGGUCUCUUUCGGCUGCCUGCUUCAGGACAGCCUUAUCAACACAUUUCCAUAUGGGAUCCUCAACGUGCACCCUAGCCUCCUGCCUCGCUGGCGUGGACCUGCACCUGUUUUUCACACAAUUCUGCACGGAGACAAACUCACUGGUGUCACCGUCAUGCAGAUUAGACCAAGAAGGUUUGACGUUGGUCCGAUACUCAAUCAGGAGCUUUACGAGGUCCCUGAAAAGUGCACGGCUGAUGAGCUCGGAGGAUCACUGGCAGCUCUGGGAGCUCAGCUGUUAAUAGACACACUAAGAAACCUUCCAGAACGAAUAGCAAAUAGGACGGAGCAGGCCAGAGAGGGGGCAACAUUUGCUCCUAAAAUCAGCUCUUCUUUGAGCUGGCUUGUGUGGGAAGAGCAGACGUGUGAUCAGAUCGAUCGACUGUAUCGUGCUAUAGGAUCUCGGGUUCAUUUGAGAACAAUCUGGAUGGGCCGUGCCAUCAAACUUCUAGACUUCGUUGGAAAAUGCAACGUGCCAUCCACGGAAAUUUCAAAUUUCGCUGCAGUCCCUGGGUCCAUCCAAUAUCAAAAGGAAUCAAACACAUUGUCAGUCUGCUGCAAGGAUGGCUGGGUUGGAUUCAAAACAGUAAUGUUAAAGAAAAGAUUAUCAGCAGCAGAUUUCUUCAAUGGUUAUCUUCACCAGAGCGUCCUGAAGAAACCAGACUCCCAGAACAACUGCCGGUUUCAGAGCUACAGAGAGAAAGCUGGACAGAAUUCUACAUCAUUACUCCGAAAUAAGACCAGUCGUUAAAGCCUGUCUGUAAACACACAUGAGAAUUUAUGUAAUUUAUUAAUUACAGUGCUUAAAUAAUUGUCUGUUUUAAGACAGUGAGAAAGAGUUAUAAGACAUGUUUGCGGCACUGUAUUAUUGUAAACAUUUGGUGUCUGUAUAUACUGAUGAAUGUGUUUAUUUUAAUGAAGCAUUUCCUUUGAACGGA